AUGGCUAUCACGGUCUUUGCUAUGCCGUCGUCCUCGUUACUUCUAUUAUUCUCAGUUGCGCUUGGAUUGUCGCAUGCCGAUCCAUUCGCGUUGCCGAUACAGACCGCUGUUUAUUCUCCUGAUGAGUGGUCGCCGCGACCGACAGGAGCGCCUGCGGAUCCAGCGGCCCUGUUUAAGAGGGGUGGUUCAGUAGAUGUGGCAGUUUGUGGAUGGAUUGGUGGCCUGUCAGCAAAGCCGGUGGCAUGCUCGUCGGGGUCGUCUUGUAUUCAUGAUACAAUACACGCACUGAUGGGAUGUUGCACGACGGAGGGGCCAUGUAUCCAAGGAGUUUACUCAACCUGUAUUGAUAAGAAGAGCGCUGGAUGGGCGACAACUACAGGCCUCGUAAAUAAUGGUGUGACCACAUGUGCGGGUGAUUCCCUCUGCUAUCAGGUCACGUAUCCAGGAAAGUAUAUGCAAUACAUGUGCGGAGACCCCAAGGCAGCAGCCCAAGUUGCAACGACAUUUGAGGGUCAGCCAACUGAUAUGCGAAUGCAAAUCGUAUACACUGGGGUAACCUUCAGCCCAAUGGUGCCAGUUCCAAGCGCCGGUCCUGGUACACCUGUGUCUCCGACGAACGUGAACGCGAACGCUUUCUCGUCUGAAACAGGCGGUGCAGCUGGCAAAGUUUCCCCUGUUGCGGCAGCACCCUCGGAACCGCCUUCAGGCGCACCAAGUAAAGGUACCAGUACUGGGGCAAUCGCUGGAGGGACUGCUGGUGCCGUGGCAGGUGUGACGAUAAUUGUCCUGCUUGGAGUCUGGUGUUGGCGGCGGCGACAAAAGGCUGCCAACCGCCGGCGACCCGAUUCAUUAUUCGAACCUACGAGAAACGAACCAUUUGCAAGCCCCUUCCAACCUGUACAGCACUAUAAUGCUCCAGAUGAAAUGGUCUCCCCUAUGUCAGGGAUGCGGGAGACUUUUGCCCCUAUGCCAGGGCGACCCGAUACUGGCGCCUCAACCCACAACCCUUUCCAUUACGACACGGCAUACCGAGGCGGUGGUGGCAUGGCCAUGGAUCAGAGACAUCCAUCCUUCUCAACAGUAGCAGGAUUGAACCCCUUUGCAGAUGAAGUCGCUCCACCCAUUCCAACCAACCGUGGUCGCUUCCACGACGAGCAUGACAUUGCAGAGAAUCGUUUCUACGAUAAUAACCACCGCUUCGACGAUAACCAUCCCUAUGCCGAUAAUCCUUUGUUACCUAAUGACCAUCUUUUCGCCGACGUAGCCGCCUCUAACCCUUUCACAGAUGCUCAGGGGUACGAGACCAUACCGACUUCGGGCCAGGUCCAAAAGCCUUACCAGCCUUACCAGCCGCUAUCCCGGAAUCAGCCAUCGCCAGUAACAGCAUCAGAGCAGACGCAACCCUUGGUGGAUGAAAUCGAUGAUUUCUCUCGCAGUUGGCAAGCAAGCGCCGGGUCACACCGUGAUCCCAACGAACAGUCAGACGACGAAGAUGAUGGCGAAGAUAGAGGCAUGGUCCAAACCGCGACGUCGGUUCCCGUGGCACAUGGGAAUCUCAUAGAAACACAUUCCAGCGAAGCGCUGAAUGAUAUGGGCCGCAAUCCCCAUGAAAGGUCGCAGACACCUAACUUCCGCAACAUGCCGAGCGAAACAUCCAGUCUCCUUGCCGCUUCAUUAACUCAGACCGGCCUGCCAUCCAAUGCGGAAACUCUCCAACGAGCCUCCCCUACCAACGUUGGCCGCGCAACAAUCCCCACCAUGCAAGAGAAGAUCCAAAAACUUGCCCAAGAGAAGGCUCAGAUCGUGAGGAAACGAACAGAAAGUCAAGAACAGAUAAGGGAACAAGAAGAACCCCUACAGAAUGAGGCUGGAAUCCAAAAAGAGCGGCCAUUCAGCGAUACCUCCAUGUACAGCUCCAACACAUAUUUCUCCCGCGAGGAUUCCGUCCGUUCGACCCGUCUACCUCCCCCACCAGCGCCAUCAACCACAAUCCCUAAGAGGACUGAAAGUUUUGGGUUAAAUCGCGCCAUUAAACCGGCUCUCGAUGAAGACCUUGGCGGUGAUGAUUUCUGGAGUUCUGGCUGGUCUGGGAUUGGCGGUGGGUGGUUGGAGGGACAGUCUGGACGGUCAUCAACUAUCGGAAAUACCGAUGGUGGAGACGGAGGAAGUGCUAGUGGGAGUGCCGUGGCGCCUAUCAGCCGGAAGCCGGUCCCUAAUGGCGUGCCGGUUGUACAUAAACCUGUUGAGUUGCGGGACGGCCCUCAGAGGAAAAAUACCUUUGGGGAGGUUUAA